UGUGGGUUUCGUUCUCGGCUCGGAGAGGCACCCACACAGAGAGAGAGAGAGAGAGAGAGAGAGAGAGAGAUACAGGCAGACGGAAAUGGGACUGCGGCUGGUCGUAGCCGCUCUCCUCGGGCUGGCAGGCCUCUCUGCAGCGAUCCAGGUGACGACUCCGGACCCGUGGAAGGUGGCACUCCUCUUCCAGCCGGUGGUACUGAAGUGCCAGUAUGAUACCUCAGCUACUCAGGCGCCCACCGUUUACUGGAAGUACAAGUCGUUCUGCCGGGACCGGGUGGCAGAUGCUUUUAACCCCAGCAGUACUGCCAACCAGGUCAACGACCAGCUGCAGCAGGCCGACCCCAACUACAACCCAUACGUGGACUGCCCCGAUGCCUCUCGCACUGUGAGGAUUGUGGCCUCCAAGCAGGGCAGAUCCAUUACAUUGGACAACUACUACCAGGGCAGGAAGAUCACCAUCACAGGCGAAGCCGACCUCAGCAUAGAGCAGACAGCCUGGGGAGACAGUGGGGUCUACUACUGCACUGUGACCGCCUUUCAAGACUUGUCGGGGAACAACGAGGCUUAUGUUGAACUGCUAGUCCUUGGUAGAACAGGAGAGACCUCAGACUUCUUGCCGGGUGUACAGAUAGGGGACAUGCCAGACUGGCUGUUUGUGGUGCUGGUGAUCCUGGGGGCCAUCCUGCUCCUGAUCCUGAUUGGCAUCUGCUGGUGCCAGUGCUGCCCCCACUCCUGCUGCUGUUACGUCCGCUGCCCCUGCUGCCCCGACAAGUGCUGCUGCCCCUACGCAUUGUACCAUGCUGGUAAGGCUGCCACAGCUGGAGUCCCCAGCCUCUACGCCCCGAGCUCCUACGCUCCCAGUGCCUACUCGCACCCGAGCCAGAUGAAGGUGCCCGCCCCCCACCCCAUCAUGGUCCCCAUGACUCAGUUCGACGGAAGCUACGGGUCGGAAUUUGACGCAGCCAGUUCAGUUGGAAACCACAGCCGCGUUCCUCUCCUCCACGACCAGGACGCUGCCAGUUCAGUCCGCAGUGGUUAUCGGAUCCAGGCCAACCAACAGAGUGACGACAUGCGGGUGCUCUACUAUGUGGAGAAGGAGCUGGCGCAUUUCGACCCUCGCUCGCCUGGAGAUCCCAGCAGCAAGUAUGAGAACGCCUCUGCCAUGAGUGAGAUCUCCUCCCUCCACGAGGACCACGCCCCUGGCCGGGACCAUCUGCGUGAGCAGCUGGGCCGGGUGAGGCAGGGGGCGCUGCCGCCACUCCGUGAUGUGGAUGAGGAAAGCGAGGCCAGCGGCUGGACGCCCCGCCGGGAUCGUGAGCGGUGGGGCGGCAGUGGAAGCGGGUACCGCCAACGUGCUCGCUCCAUGGACAGCCUAGACGACAUCAGCUGGCGGGAUCGUGGCUACCGGGACCGGGACCGGGACUACCACCGAGACAGGGAGAGAGGCCGGGGACGACUUGAGUCGGACAGCGAGGCGGGCAGCGGUUACCGCGGCUAUCCACGGGACCGCUCCCCUGAACGACGAGGACCCUAUGCCAGGAGGAGCAGGAGUCGAGACGACCUGACCGAGCUGGAGAGGGAACGGGAUCGUGGGCGCAUCUCUGCCCCGUAUUCCCGCCACGGUGACCCCUUCUUGGAUGACGUGCUGCGCCGGAAGGCUGGAGGAGGAGGGCGAAGGGGCUCGGAUAACGGCAGCACCUCCACUGCCCACUCAGGGAACCGGAGGAGGCCGAGGGAGGAGGAGGAGGUGCUGCUGUUGCCCCCACCCUACACCGAGACCGAGUCGGUAACAUCCUCAGCCAGAGGAAGGAAUGAGAGGAAACUGAGAAAGAAUGACGCCGUCAGCCGGGAGAGUUUGGUGGUUUAGCAAGUGGACGGGUGAGAUCAAGUGGAACAACCCAAGUUAAAGCUUCAGGCAGCUCUGUUCAACUCCAAUGUUUUUAUACACAGCAGGAUCCCAUCCACACCUGCCCUUUCUGUCACCAGCAACAUGCCGUCUGUUAGUUCCAGCAAGGGUACUUGCCAAGAAUCAGUUUCACUUUCCUCAAACUGGAGUCUAACAAGAUCCACUGGAUAUUUUCUCAAGCCACAUUUGCCUUCCCCCGCCUCCCUACUUCCUUUCUCUCCCCUUUCUCCUUUUCCCUUCAACCUCCUCUCUCCCCUUCCCCUCUUUUUAUUCCCACCUCCCACUCCCAGUUUCCCAGUCCAUUUCCCCCUCUCUCACUCUCCCUUUUUCUCUCUCCCCUUCUCUUUCAUCUUUUCCUCACAUCCCCACUGAAUUUCUCAGUCUCCCUUUUCCCCUUACUCCCACCUCUCCCACUCCCUUCCCUCUCCUUCACCAACUUCUUUCCUCAGCUUUUUCUCUCUCCCCCUCCUCCCUUCCCCUACCCCUAUGAUAAUUCCCCAGACACGGGCAGUGCCGGAAGCUGGGAUCAAACCCAGAUCUCUGGACUCUUGAGGCUGUGUCUCCACCCAUGGUACCAUCCUGCCCUCCCUCCCGGAGGACCCUACGUGACGUGUGACCCACUCUGGGUGAGGCACGACCCGGGAAACUCCAGAGCACUGGAACAAUAUUCUGAGAGAUUUAAUUGCUGGAGGCCAUUCUCAAAUGCCAGUGAUAUCCUGAGAUAUCAUCUGUACGUCAGCAACUUCCGGACUGAGACAUUAUGGAAACUUCUGUGCGCAUGUUUAAUUGCAAACACUUGUAUAGCACAGUGAGAUUACUGAUGGUUUCUUUAUUUUGUAAAUGUGUUUUUUAAAACUUUUUGAAAGAAAAAGAACUUAAUUUUUUUUUAAAUGUACAGAUCUACCACUGGUUCCUCUGAGGGUGAGAUUGUGACUGAGGGCAUGGAGAUGGGUGUGUUACAGUCCUGUGCAUUCUCCAGUGUCCCAGGAGAGGGUGGGACAGUUCUAGGGCACUGAUCCUUGUGCUGGAGGCUUCCUCUGUCCUCUGACCAACUGAUCCGUCACCGUUUGGGGGCUUAUAACGAGGCUGUGAGUGAAUCUCCACAGGCCCACAAAUGCAGAGGGGAUGGAAUCCUGCAACAGGUGGAGUUGCUCGUGUGCGGAGUGGGGCAGGGUCAUGCCGACAGAGCUGUGAGGGGCUUCAGUGCCUGUAGGCUUCAGGGGAACUGACUCAGGUUGUGUGUAUGGUGUUGGUGUUAUGCGUAUGUGUGUUUUAAUGAGUGGGACCCAUACCCCACUGAAGGUGUGUGUGUGAGUGACAUGUUCCCCCAGUGAAGGUCAGUGUGUAUAUGUGUUGGGGGUGUGGCUGGUAGGAGGAUAAGAUUUAGAGCCAUCAGUUGGAUCAGGAAUACCCCCUCCCCUACCCCCAGAACCUGUCGAAUCAAGUGACUGGACGCUGGAGAGUGCCUGCAUAUAUUAAAGAUAUAUUUUAUUUCAUGUUGAUUUUCUACAGUAAGAGGUUUUCCUGAUCCAUUGUAGAAUUGGUAAAAAUAAAGAGAGGAUUUGUAUCAGCUGGUGAUCUGUAGUCUUGUGGGCUGUGAGGACGUGGGGUGGGGGGAGUGUGGCUGUAGGCCAGCAGAAGCAUGCAGGGAAACCCCUGGGACUCUGACCAGCAGCUCUGGUGUAGACGAGUACCUGCGUACUGGACUGCCCCGUGCCUGAGAUCUUGCUGUUCCAGAGCUGUGUGAGGCCAUAAGCCUGCUGUGUUCCCUGCUUGACCCAUUGACGGGCACCAAUGAGGGAUCUUCAGUCCACCUGCUUCAGAAGGGCGAUAAUCGUACCAGUGCCCAAGAGCAAGGCAAGCUGCCUCACAACUAUCAUCCGGUAGCAUUCACAUCGACUGUGAUUAAGUGCUUUGAGAGAUUGCUCAUAGCUAGAAUUAAUUCCUGCCUAAGCAAGGACCCAGACCCACUGCAAUUUGUCUAUUGCCACAAUAGAUCUACAGCAGAUGCAAUCUCACUGGUUCGCCACUUGGUCUGAGAUCACCUGGACAACAACAGUACCUAUGCCAAACUGCUGUUCAUUGAUUUCAGUUCGGCAAUCAACACCAACACUCAGUAUUAAUCUAAACUUGGGCUCCCGGACCUUUGACAUUCUCAUCGGGACAGCUCCCUGUUAACAAUCAAGCAUGCAUGCUUAGCCCACUCCUCUACAACCUCUACACUCAAAACUACAUGGCUAGGCACAGCUCCAAUGCCAUCUAUAAAUUUGCUGAUGACAAUAUUGUUGGCAAAACCAGGAAGUGCACAGGAGAGAAGCCGGCUGGCUGGUCGAGUGGAGUUGCAGCAACAACAUUGCACUCAGUGCAUUGUGACCAAGGAAUUGAUGGUGGGCUUCAGGAAAGGGAAGGCGGGAGAACGCACACCACCCUCACCGAGGCGUCACCGGUAGAAAGCGUGAGCGGUUUCAGACACGUUGAUGGAAUCACGAAGAAGGCAUACCAGUGGCUCUACUUCAUUUAGAGGUUAAGAUUUGUAUGUCACCAAAGACUUGCAAAGUUUACAUAUGUCACAGUGGAGAACAUUCUGACUGGUUGCAUCACCACCCGGUAUGGAGGCUGCAAUGCACAGGAUCACAAAUAGCUGCAGGGGUUUAUGGACUCAGCCAGAUCCAUUUUGAGCACUACCCUCCCAACCCGUCAAGGACAUCUUGAAGAUGCAAUGCCCCAGUAAGAACGCUCACCACCUGGGACAUGCCCUCUUCUCAUUACUAUCAUCAGGAAGGAGGAAAAGAAGCCCGAAGAUCGACAAUCGAUGAUUGAGGAACAGCUUCUUCUCCACCAUCGGAUUUCCAAACAGACUGUGAACACUCACAACACGCUGGAGGGACUCAGCAGGUCGGGCAGCAUCCGUGGAAAAGAUCAGUCGACGUUUCGGGCCGGAACACUUCGUCAGGACUCUUUUCCAUGGAUGCUGCCCGACCUGCUGAGUUCCUCCAGCGUGUUGUGAGUGUUGCUUUGACUCCAGCAUCUGCAGAUCAUUUUGUGUUUAAGACUGUGAACACUACCUCACUAUCCCUGUUUUGAACUAUUAAUUUUUACAACUUGUAGUAAUUUUUGUCUUGCACUGUACUGCUGCCACAAAUUGAAAUAUUUCACAACUUAAGUCA